AUCAUGUUUUAAAUGCUAUUUAAAAGUGCUAAAUGUACUGAAAUUGUCUAGUAAUUGUGCAUUCAUAUUUGUAAUUUUCAUAGAACGACAUUUUUUUUUCUACCUGCUACUCUUUGAUGUGCUUUAUCAUUACUUCUUAUCCCCGUAAUUUUUUUUUUAUUACCUGUGAUUCGCUGGUUCCUUUGUCUUUGAAAUGCUACGAUCUCAUGGCUUUUAUGGUUGUGAUUUAUUCUUUAAAAAUUGCCAUAGUUUCAAGUUUAUUAUUUAAGCGAAUGAAAAGCUAUUGCUAGGUCUAGAUCAUGUUAAUGUUUUCUGCUGGGAGUGGAUUAAAUCAGUGUCUUUUGGACACCACAGAAUUUGUCCUCAGUAAUCGUGACAUUGCUUAAACAUUUUAUCUAUCUAUUUCUCUGUACAUAUAUGUUAAUCUAAGUGCCUAUUUAUAGCAGUUCUCAGUGACAGAUAAGUGUUUGGAGUUUUUCUCUGUGGUUUUAUAUUUUAUUUUUAAAUUUUACAUAAGCUGAUGGUCUGACUUUUUGUGGGUCAAGUGAAUUAGAACGGCUUAAAUCUGUCUGAGCUGGAGCUCCUCAGUAGAAGGCCUGAAGAGGCUGGGGGAAUGUUUGAUUGGGAUGAAGGAGAUAGAUUCUCAUUUGAAGACAGUGAUCGGUUCGAAGAAGACUCCUUGUGCUCAUGGAUUAGCGAGCCAGAGAGUUCAUGCAACAACUGGCGUGGCUGGAAGAAACAGAACGGCAACAGUUCUGGGACUUAUCAUUUGUUACAUUCAAAGCUAAAAGAUGUAUCUUCUGUUCAAAAUGCUCUUCAGGUUCGAUCUUCUGAAGAUAGCAGUUCUGCUCUGCCUGGUACUCUUAUUGGGCAGCAGUCUUCUCACGUAAAUGGCUCUGAUGGACAGCUCAUGUCACUCGUAGAACUUUCUGCUAGAGUUGUAGCUUUUCACAUCCCAUUUGAAGUGGUGGAACAUGUCUGCCCACCUGUUCCAGAACAGUUACAGCUACGUAUUGCUUUUUGGAGCUUUCCUGAAAAUGAAGAAGACAUUAGAUUAUAUUCAUGCUUAGCUAAUGGCUCAGCAGAUGAAUUUCAGAGAGGGGAACACUUAUACAAAGCAAGAGCUGUUAAAGAACUUUUGCAAAUAGGGUUCCAUCUCAGUGCUACUAUCACCCCUCCCCAGUCUCUAUCAGUCCCUAAAGGUACCUGUAAUGUAGCAGUUACUUUUGAUCGCUGCCGUAUUACAUCGUGCACUUGUACUUGUGUCAGUAGCGCAUCUUGGUGUUCUCAUGUUGUUGCUGUGUGUUUGUCCAGAAUUCAUCAACCUAAUCAUGUUCGCCUGCGAGCACCUGUGUCAGAGUCUUUAUCUCGUCUACACCGCGUUCAGCUUCAAAAAUUUGCUCAGUAUUUAAUCAGUGAACUACCACAACAGAUUUUACCAACGGCUCAGCGCUUACUAGAUGAGUUGCUAUCAAGUCAACAGACUGCAAUCAAUACUCUAGGAGGUGCACCAGAUCCAACUGCUGGAGCUUCAAUUAAUGAACAGACCACUUGGUGUCUGGAUGGCUCAACUCUUCAUGACAAUAUCAGAAAAAUUCUCAUCAAGCUAUGUGUUCCAUCACCCAUCGUCUUUAGUGAUGUAAAUUAUCUGUCAUCAACUGCUCCUCCUGCUGCUGCAGAAUGGUCCAGUCUAUUGAGACCUUUGAGGGGAAGAGAACCUGAGGGGUUAUGGAAUUUACUCUCUAUUGUUAGAGAAAUGUUCCACCGCAGCGACAGAAAUGCUAUCCCUUUGCUGGAGAUUAUCACAGAUGAAAUGUUGCAAUGUGACCAGAUAUUGUCUUGGUGGUUCAGUACUAAAGUUUCUCUCCAUACUGGAUCUGGUAGUCAUGGUGGUCGUGGAAAUAUGCACAGUAACACACAUGCAUCUCAGCAUGCAUGUAGUAGUUUAUGUGAUGAAGUGGUUAUAUUGUGGAGGUUAGCAGCUUUAAAUCCUGCCCUAUCUCCGCAAGAUCGACAAACCUUGUUUGGUCAAUUGCGAUGCUGGCAUGUUAAGACUUUGGAAAGAGUGUGGAAAACUCGCAGCAGUACAAAUAACAACAGCAGCAGCACCAUCAAAAGAGCCGACAUCGAAGUUUUCCCUGGUUUUCGGCCGGCAAUGGAAGGUUGCUUGUUAGAUUGGAGCGAUUAUCCCAUACCAGGUGUAACAUACGCCGAAGGAGGUGGCCGACGUUGGUACUGCCCGUACGUUCAUGUAAGAACUAAUGAAACCCCUAGUUCUGCUGUUGCUACUGGAAAUGACAGUGACAAUGCCACUUUAGCUUGCUUCUCUGCCAGAAGAGGUCGCUCUGUUGAUGUUGGCCAAAUAACUGGCCUCUGCCCUUGUGAUAAACAAUCGUCAGAUAAAAAAACCAUUUGUGUACUCAAUUUUCAUCACGAUCAACCACCUGAGCACAAACUUGGUAGUAACCGCAGCUCUUUGAGCAGUGAGGGCUUUUGCGAGAAUGAGCAAGAGGUGUUGGCAGAUGCUCUGAACGAAUCAUGCUGCAUAAAUGUGGCCCGUGGAAGCGAUACUAUUAGGAGUUCCGGCAUUGCAACAAAAAUGAUGAUUUCUAGUGAUUUGUGGAAUUCGGAAGAAAGCCUUCAGGAUGAAUCUGAUGGGGCUAAAGGUUCCUCGUCGGAUGCAUUCAAAAUCAGUAUUCAGCCUUCUACCAGCAAGGGUGUCGGCUCUAAAACUGGGUUAGAUAAAGAUAAAAACUCAAAUGUUAAGCCAUUGGAGGCUGUACCAUCUUCAUCUCAACAACUCAAUGGUCAUGUCCCUCCCUUAAGACAAGCUGAGUGCAGCGGUGAAGCUAGUGAAUCCCAACAAUCCAGUGAUGAAUAUCAUUUAUAUUAUUAUGAUCCCAGAGUUAGACUUCAAAGCCCUGACCAUAACCAACAAUAUGUUGUUGAAGAACAGUGGUUUUCUGUUGCUGUGAAGAAAAUUGAAGACUCCUUAGAAGUUCUAUUUGCUCGAGCUGAAGCUCUCCAUGCACAUGGUCAUUCUCAUGAAGCUUGCAUGCUUGCUGUUCGCUUAGCUGAAGAAUUGCUGGCGAGUCCACCAAAUUUAGCUGUUGAAGUGCCUGCAACAACAUGUCGAGGCAAAAAAGUUCGCCGCUUUAAUCCAGCCAGUCAUCAAGUUAGUUUAAUGGCCUCUGCAACCCUUGCAAAGGUUGCCUUUUUGUGUUCUGUGCUCGGAGAAAAUCAUGAAUAUCACCAUCUUGCCUUCCGUGUUGGAUUAUUUGGGUUAGAAAUGACAAGACCUCCUGCAUCUACCAAAGCUUUAGAGGUGAAAUUGGCCAACCAAGAACAAGACUUGGUGCUGCUUCUUAAACGACUCCCAUUAUUGGAUAGAGAAAUGAGCAUGCUAAGAGAAAGAGCUGAACAAUUGCGUGAUGGAAAGUUAGUUUCAAGGGGAGAAGCUCUAUUACCUUUGAUGCUUGCAAGUUUCAUCUUUGAUGCUCUAACUUUAUCAAGCUCUGUUAAUCGUGGAAUCCCUCUUUUAUACAAUAAAUUACCUGGAGACGAACAUUUAGGAUUUGAAGCAGCAGUUGCUGCCUUAGGACUAAAAGCUAAUGUAUCUGAAGCUGAACAUCCACUUUUAUGUGAAGGCACUCGACGACAACGAGGAGAUCUAGCUAUAACACUGUUGGUCACUUAUAAGGAUGACCAGGAAAAAUUAGCUAAAAUCAUGGAAAAACUGCUGGAUAAGGAAGUACAUCAAAUGUACAAGGCACCAGCCUCUUCAGUUUAUUAUUCUUCUCCUGCAAGUUCACAGCAAAGUAAUGGCUCAAGCACAGUGCCUGAUGAGAAAAGUGUUAACGAUGAUGGGAUAACUAAAGAUACAGAUGAGACAGAUUUACAUGACGAAACAGAAAAUGGUCAUAAUGACCCUCAUAGAGACUCAGAUCGUCAAAACCCAGUGGUACGUCCUCGAAGCUUGCCUUCUGCUCAAAACUCAACCCCUGGAACUAGUCGAAUGAGGGACAUGAGACAAUCACAUCGAACUGGUGAAGACAAUGGUGAGCAUAGUGAAGGAGCAUCUAGUCCAGGCUGGGAAGAGGAUUAUAAAGCCUGGGAAGCAAAAUUUCGUUGCACAAAUUUCCGUACUACUAAAAAGCAUUCUGGAGGAAUGGCAAGUAUUGAUAGUAGUGCUCCUGAAACAACAUCCAGCGAUAACUCACCUACUGUCGUAAGACGUAGUACAUGGCUAAAGCAAUGUGGACCUGGAAGUGAUAGUGGUAGUAGUGGCGAGAGUAGCGAUUCAUUUGCCUCCAGUUCAUCUGAAGAUAAAGCUCCCCGAUCUAAAUCCCGAGAAGGAGAAAGCCUCCCAAUUAUGAUUCACGGUACUAGAUUGCCUACAACAUUUCCUUCACCAGAAAAUAAUGUUCGAUCCAAUACUCCUAAUAUCAAGAAUACCAGAUUUAAGGGAAAACGGGCCUAUCCUAGUGUCCCUAAUCAGCCAAGUGAGGCAUCUGCUCAUUUCAUGUUUGAACUUGCAAAAACAGUCCUCACAAAAGCUGGUGGUAACAGUUCAACAGCUGUUCUUUUCACCCAGCCGUCAGCAAGCCAGAAUCACAGAGGACCUCACAGAGCAUUGCACAUGUGUGCCUUUCAAAUUGGAUUGUAUGCUUUAGGUCUUCACAAUGCUGUUUCUCCAAACUGGUUAUCUCGUACAUAUUCUUCACAUGUUUCCUGGAUAACAGGUGAAGCAAUGGAAAUUGGCAGCACAGCCAUUAAUUUCCUCAUUGAAACUUGGGAAGGCCAUCUUACUCCCCCAGAAGUGGCAUCACUCGCCGAUCGAGCUUCUCGAGGAAGAGAUCCCAGAAUGGUGCGUGCAGCUGCUGAGUUAGCUUUGUCUUGCUUGCCACAUGCUCAUGCUUUGAAUCCCAAUGAAAUACAGCGAGCAUUAAUCCAGUGCAAAGAACAAAGUAGUGAAAUGCUUGAAAGAGCUUGUCUUGCUGUGGAAUCGGCUGCAAAGGGUGGUGGAGUUUAUCCUGAAGUACUUUUUGAUGUUGCAAGAAGAUGGUAUGAACUGUAUGAGGAGAGCUUAGACGAUCAUCCCAGUAAUCAAUCGGAAAGGCAUUCAAACUCAGAAAUCAUCUCUCAUGAUAUUUUAUCUUUACCUCCGCCGCCACCCACAUGUGAUCACACUGUUGUCUCUUCUCACAACAUCCAUUUGAGUCAAGUUGAAGGAGUCAUCACAACUGUACCAUCUGUUCAAGUUCUCCCACCAUUAACUUGCCCCCCUGUGUCAUACACAUUAGCCUAUCCCACGGCUGCAUACGGAUACAUGCCAUUUUCACACUCUCAUGUGCCCAUACAUCCUGCAUAUGUCCCUUCUCCAGCAUCUUAUCCCUAUCCACCAUUAGCAAACUUAUCCUAUUACCCACCCACUGUUGCUAAUACAACUCAUAUUCGUCAUCCCGCUACGGGUAUGUACCCAGGACAGGUUGUUGGUACUGCUGUGACUAGAGCUUCGGUAACUCAGACGACUCCGGUUCUUACCAUGAAUGGCCAUCCAGUUGUUACUCAGCCUCCUCCUCCAUCUAUACCACCUCCUCAGCAGACACAGAUUCAUGGGCCACUUCCUCAAUUAAACCAGAGACAAAUGGGAUAUUUGUUAGCUGCUUAUCGAGUGGGUAUGCUUGCUAUGGAGACUUUAGCACGUCGUGUUCAUGAUGACAGACCCCAAGCCAAGUAUGCUCGGAACCCACCCUAUGGAGAGGAUGUAAAAUGGCUUCUGGGUAUUGCUAAAAAAUUAGGAACAUCAUAUUUACAAGAUUUUUGUAUUUGCACCGUAAACAGUGUUGCCAGUCCAUUCAUAUUGCAUGAGAUUGUAGUGGAAGCUGCACAAUAUUUAGCUCGCUCAGCAUCACCGCCUCUUCCUCAACCAUUGCGUUCACAUCUUCUCACUCCACUGAUACAAAAGUGUCAACAAAUGUUCACAGCUUGUACACAUUUCAAAAUGUAUCACAUUACUCCAGCUGAAUACGAUGAGUUUGUCAGCAUCAUCCGCAGUGCAAGAACUGCAUUUCAGCUUACACCAGGAGGGAUUGUACAAUUCAAUGAACUUCUUCAGAGCUUGAGGCGCACCAAAUCCUGCAAAAAGGAGUUGUGGCAAAGAAUUGCGAACACACUGGCUACGCCAACCAUUUGAUGGUGAAGUACAAGUAGCUGAAAAUUUUUGUCAGUUGCUUUAGAAAGGGAAUGACAUGUUGCUGUCCAUGUUUUGUUAUACUGUUAAUUACUGUAUUCAUUUGUGCAGAUUUUACCUCCAAGGACUGCUAGUAUAUGUUUUGUUGAUGUCAUUGUUUGUUACUUUUAUUUAAUAAACUGUUUGCUAUUAGGCUCAGUCAAUAACCAUCUGCUCUAUCUGUAACAUUACUUUUUAUCCUAGUUAUAAAGGGACAUAAUUCAAGAAACUUAAUAGAAGUGUGCCGGUUUAUAUUAUUUGAAACAUUUUCUAAACAUCCAUAUUUAAGUUACAAAUAGGAAAUUUUGUGAUUUAAUUUCUUUUUGAAAUUUUCUAUUUGCAGACUUAGAUUAUUGCAUUAUAGAGUGCUUACUUAAGCUGUUGCUGUUAAGCACAUAAAGCAUCAUCCAGCACACCAGCUCUGGUGGAAGAUUUGAGUUUUCUGUUUUAGUCACUAAACUUAAAAGGAAGAGCAACUGAAGAAAUAAUUGUAUGAACCAAAGUCACCACUCCAGGCAAAAUUAUAAUAGAUACUAAUAAGAACAUAAAUAAAAAUCUGCAUUGGUAUCAUUGUUGUGCUCUGAGAGAAAAGUUUCUGGUUCAGUUCAGUUCGAUGGAAGUUUUAAGUUUCUCACUGAGCUCUACAAACCAGAGCAACAGAAAUUGUAAGAACUAAGGUCACAAGGCAAAUUUAUUUCAGAUUCUAAUAAGAAAAUGAAUAAUCAAAAAUCUGCAUUGGUAUCAGUGUUGUACUUUGAGACAAAAUUUUUUUAAAAAAAUGCUAAGGUGGCAAAAUAAAAUUUCUACAAUUUAUUUUAUAAGAUUUGAAAAGCGUAAAUAGAAUUGGAAUUGUUAAGAAUGUGCUAAGUUAUGUUGAGAAAACACUUGCCUAUAAUAAACUAGGAAAAGAAGUUGAUUAUUUCAGUUUAGAAAAGGAAUGUUAUAGAUUUAGUGCAUAUAGUUAUUGUCCUUCCUACAUUUUUAAACAAUUCAUGAACUGUGGAAGGGAUUGAAAAUAAUCAGAAAGUUUCUAAGUGCCAAACAUUUAUUCGAUUUUUCUUCUUUUUUAGUGUUUUGUUCUGUGCUCAAGUUUAAAUAAUUCGCUUUAUUUAUUUUUGUUUCAAAUGAUCUCAGUAAUUGUUAUUUUAUUUUUUUUAAUAAAUAGUAAUUUUUCUUUACCUGUGUUUGGUUAAAAGUUUUUCAUUUUUUGUACCUGUUUUAAUAACAAAUGUAAAGUCUAAUCAUAUUAUUUUUAAUCUCUACUAUUGUAAUAUUGCUGGCACUUAGCAUCUUUCAUGGGAUAUUUAUGUGAUUGUUUACUUUGUAUCUAUUGUUGUAUACUUAAAAAAUUUAUAAAAAAUUAUUCAUAUAUCAUUUAUUAUUAAUACCUUUUUUCUGCACUCAAAAAAAAAGUACUACACUGCACUAUUCAAAA